AUGAAUUUCUAUCUCAACCAUUGUCAAUUAUCGAAUAACGAAGAAAAUGAUUUAUUUCUUGAAUUUGUUGUUUGUCGUCUUCUUCAUACCCGUAUUACUCGACAUGAAGCAAGGGAAAUUCAUAUUAUUAUUGCAGCACUUUUAGAUUACGAUAAUGUCACACAUCGUGGAGAAAAUUUAAAUAUUGGAUCAACACAAGGUAUGUUCCUUCAAGUGCGUAUCUAUGCUCUUUUUCAAUGGUUAGUCAAAAUGAAAACCAAUGUUUCAACAACACUCGACUGUGAAACAUUUGCUAUUAUUGAAAAUGAGCUUUUACACUGUUUAGAAGCAUACUAUUUUCUUAAUGAUAUUCAACUCAUUCCCAUAGAAAUCACAAAAAGUAUGAAUAACCAGUCGUUUCAGCAGAUUGAAUCAUCACAACCAUUACUAAUGGAAUUUUAUCACACUAUUGCAGACAAAAUAGUGAAUAAAAUUGAGGAACUUGAUCCUAAACAAGAAUAUAUUAUUCCAACUGGUUGGCGUAGACAUGCUAUUUGUGUCUCAUUUCGACGAAUCGAUCAAAAUUAUAUCAGUAUUCGUAUUGACAAUCCUAGUUCACAAAACCCACAAAACAUACAUGAAGCUCAUUUUGAUGGAACUGGUGUUAUUCAAAUACGACCGAAAGUAUUGGGUCGGAUGCCUAUUGACAGACUACGUGACAACAUCAAUUAUAUAAUAUUAUUGAUUGAUAGUGUGAAACGCGAUUUAAAACGAAACGUCGCAGUUCGGAUGAUUUACGAUUUAGAUUCAAAUAUUAUUAGCCAUAUUCAACGAAGACAUAUCGAAGAUAUAGUAGAUUUUGAUGAACAAGCAGAAGACAAUUGUUUUGUCAAAUGUUUUGAAUCAGGCUUACGGACACGUUUCGGUGAGAGACAUCAGCAACUUUGUAGAGAUCUGAAGCAACAGGAGAUUAUGGUUGCCAUUGAUCUCCUCAACAAAAUUGAAAUAGAUUCUAAGAAUCGUGUUAGUGGUUUAUCAGAUAGGUUUACUCGAUUUAUUGGAUUAAAUCAAGUAAAUAGACUGCCGGCUUUCGUUAAUGUUUCUCUUCGAGAGAAAAUCGAAUUGAGUUAUAAACGGUAUUAUGCAAUGCUUUCAAAUCUUAUUAAUGAAGAGUGUUCACAUCGAUUAUUAGAAAGAUUUAUUCAUGUACAAUUUAAAAUACACAAUACAGAGGAAGAAAUUAAACUCUUGGAUCUAUGUAGAAGACCUCGUGUUCUAGUACUUGGAGAAGCUGGUUCUGGAAAGACAACGGUAUGUCAAUAUGUAGCAUAUUCUUGGGCUCGUAAAAAACUAUGGCGACAAAAAUUCGAGUGGAUAUUUUAUAUUUCCAUGCGACAAUUGAAUUCAAGUCGUUAUCCACCACAAUCAAGCAAUUAUUCACUGAUUGAUAUUAUUGUGAAAGAAUGUUUUCGAGACUAUACACUUAAUCAUCUCGAAAAGGCACAACUAGAAUACCAAAUUGCAUCAUCAUCAUCAUCAAAAGUUUUAUGGAUUCUUGAUGGAUGUGAUGAACGUGUUAUUCCAGAUCAUUUGCGUUCAAUUGAGGAAGAUCUAUUAGAUAAACGAUACCUUCUUUUAACAUCUCGACCAUAUGGAACAGACAGAUGCCAUUAUGAUAUUAAAGUCAAUAUUCAAAGCUUUACUACUAAUGAUGUAGAAAAAUAUAUUAAGCAAUACUUUUCUGUAUUCCGUCGUACUGCAGCUGAUGCAUGUUGGUCAUUUGUCCGCUAUUCGGAUCGAUUGCUACCGGUAGUUAGUGUUCCUGUAUGUCUUGAGAUACUUUGUAUUUUGUCGGAGAAACGUCCAUAUGAUCUAGAAAUUGGAAUGUCAGUAGGACAAUUGAUUGAAAGUAUGUGUGGAUAUCUCUUACGGCGGUAUCUAUUGAAAUUCCAUGGUCUUUCCAAUUCUGCUCUACAUAGACAAGAUGUUUUUCAGCAUCCGAAUGCGAAAGUAUUCACAUAUUUAGAAUAUUUAGCAUUCAUAUCAACGCAGUCGCAUGAGUUUGCUGUCAAUGGUGACGAAAUUUUGAAUGUAGCAGGGGCAUUAUUUUUGUCUGUAAUUCAAGUUGGUUUGCUGCAACAAAAUUCACGAGAUCCUUACCGCACACUUCUUGAAAACACCUACUUCUUUAUUCAUCGUAUCUUUCAAGAAUAUCUGUGCGCGCGCUAUAUGAGACGAGCGUUAACAUCAAACGAUUCCAACGUAAGAAAACUUUUAGUAAAGUUCAUUACCGAGAACAAAUAUAAUCGGUCAAUGCGAGACACAUUUAUCUACUUCUUCGAUUUGAAACGCACAAAUAUUUGUAUGAAACAAUUUUGGUCAACUAUUGAUCGUGAACCACGCGAUUUAAUUGGGCUUCGACAUUGUUCUCGCAUUAUAAAUUGGUUUCCAGCUGGAAUUUGUGGAUUUCCUUUCGAUGAAGAUGAAGUUCGAAAAAGAACUAUUGAUAUCAUUGAAAAAUGGAUUUUGAAUGAACAGCGGUGGCCCCAUGAUUUUGGAAAUACAUAUCUAUUCGAGUGGUUUGACUCUGUGAUUGAUGAGAUAAUCUGGUUGAAAGCAUGGAGAAACGAUCUGUUUGAUCACAAUUCAUCAAGUCGACGUUAUUUUAUACCUGAAUUAUGGUCAGAGACAGAUGUUAAUACUCUCAAAAACAUCUAUGAUGGAAUUUCAAACAAUAUAAAAUAUCUACACCUUCUAAUCGAGAAUGGGCCUACCAAACGAUAUCUAUCACUUUUAAAUAUCAAUACAGACUUAUUUCCUCCACCAAUUUUCGACAAGAUCCAAAUACCAAAAUUCUUAUUGGAAGUUCAUGAUAGAGCUAGAAGAGCCGAAUCUAUUACAGACUUAGAAAAUUUUCGAGCUAUUUUAAAUAAUUAUUCUUAUUAUGCCAUAUUAAAUCGUCAUGCAACAAUGUGCGAUGAAAAACCGAUGCCGUUGAUGAUCGCUACAUCGGUUCUAGAAAAUCUUGACAAUGAAACGUUAGAACUUAUUCUACAAUUAGCUCAACAUAAUGCACUCUUUUAUCGUGACUUCUAUUUACCUAUUAUUCCUUUACUUAAACUGUAUGCUCAUUCGGUUAAUUCUAAUGAAAGAACUCUUUGUUCACUCAUCGCAUCAAUUGCACUUUCCAGCAGUUGUAUUGUCACAGCAUCACCUGGUCAACCAACUUCGAUUCGAGUGCAUGACAAUAGAAAGGAGACGAUUGAAACUAUUGAGUUGAGCGAAAAUCGUCGACGAGCAUUAUUACAUGAAUUUGACGAAGUUCGAAGAAACUACGGAUAUUCUGAAUUCUUUUUUAACUGA